AUGGAGGACUGGAGAAGAAUAGAUAUUGAUGCAUUUGAUCCGGACAGCGGGAGGCUCACUAAGGAAGAUUUGAAGCCUCCUUAUCCAGUCGCUGUGGGUCAAGCGGAGAUUGAUUCCAAGAUCUCGCAACUGCGUUCAGCAGCCACCAGCGGCGAUUUUUCCACAGCGUUAACAUUGGUGACUAGUGAUCCUCCGUACAGUGCCGAUCAGGCAAUCAAAGAGAGGUAUUUUGCAGCAGUUUUGAGUGUGCUGACUCAAGUGCGUCAGGCGGAAAUCUCAACUUUGGUCAAACAGCUUUCUUCUUCGCAGACUGAUGUGCUGAUAAAGUAUCUCUACAAGGGGAUGAGCUGCCCGGAGGGCCAGAAACAAGGUGGAACAUUGCUCUCCUGGUUUGAAAAGGUAACCCAACACCUAGGAGUUGCACCUGUAGUGCGUUACUUGUCCGAUAGAAACACAGUUUAA